ACAUCGACCAGAUUGAGAAUCUCUGUAUCUCAAGAGCUCUUAACGCCUUUGGUCUUGAAUCUGAUAAAUGGGGUGUUAAUGUUCAGCCCUAUUCUUGUACCUCUGCCAAUUUCGCCGUCUACACCGCUCUUUUGCUUCCCGGUGAGCGGAUCAUGGGGCUCGAUUCUCCUUCCGGUGGACACAUGAGUCACGGCUAUUGUACUCCUGGUGGGAAGAAGAUCUCCGCUACGUCAAUCUUCUUUGAGAGCUUUCCUUAUAAAGUGAACCCCCAAACUGGGUUUAUUGAUUACGAUAAGCUUGAGGAUAAGGCUCUUGAUUACCGCCCCAAGAUUCUUAUUUGUGGAGGCAGCUCCUACCCUAGGGACUGGGAUUUUCCAAGGGUUAGACAGAUUGCUGACAAGUGUGGUGCGGUUUUGAUGUGUGAUAUGGCUCAUAUUAGCGGUCUUGUCGCCACUAAGGAAUGUUCUAAUCCAUUUGAUCACUGCGACAUAGUUACCUCCACUACCCACAAAGGUCUACGUGGUCCCAGAGGAGGUAUCAUCUUCUACAGGAGAGGACCAAAGAUAAGAAAGCAAGGCCAUCACGCUAGUCAUUGCGACAGUUCCACGCACUAUGAUUUAGAGGAGAAGAUCAACUUUGCUGUUUUUCCCUCGCUACAAGGAGGUCCUCACAACAACCAUAUCGCAGCUCUCGCCAUUGCCUUGAAACAAGUGGCUACUCCAGAGUACAAAGCUUACGUACAACAGAUGAAGAAAAACGCUCAAGCUUUAGCAUCAGCUCUGCUUCGAAGAAAAUGCAGACUGGUUACAGGUGGCACAGACAACCAUUUGUUGCUCUGGGAUCUCACUCCUUUG